UGCAAUCCUUCUCUCUCUCCUUGGAUUUUGGAAUGCAACAGUAGUAGUUCAGAAUACAGAAGCAGCAAACUUGAAUGCUGCAACCAGGGGCUUACUGACAACUCAUGGGGCCCCCGGGCAAUAGGGGAUCAUGGGCCCCCUGUGUCCUUGCCCGAACUCAAAAAAGCCUAUGAAAAAGGUACCAGGGACAUCUCAUGGGGCCCCCUACUGACCCGGGGCCCUCGGGCAGUGCCCGAGUUUCCAAAUGGUCAGUCUGCCCCU